AUGACUACCCCUACUCUAAUCGACAUACCCCCUCCCCCCUCGGACCCCGUCACCCCUUCGGACAUGGGACCAGGCACCCCCAAUUCUGGCACGACCUCGUUAUCGGCCCUCUCCACCACCGCAAUCAAAGAUGGUCACACUGGUGCACCCUUCCCCUACCAUCGCGGCCAUGCCCAUCAAUCCUCCUCCGCCUCUACCACCUCCACAAAUACCCUUGAAGCCGAACGAGCAGACCGCAUCUCUCGACUUGCAGGGCUCGAGCGGGUGGCAACCGCCCGUGCGGGGGGUACCAAUCCUGGCAACUAUGUUGCACCCUCUCAUAUCCCUGGCUAUUUUGACAGUCAUGCACUCAAGGAGCGCAGCACUGUCGGCAGUGCCAGUGCUACCGGUAGUGUGGGCCACACAACGUGGGCUUCCAGUAGUGAAGCCUUCUCGGCGGAUAAAAUGAGUGAGGACAUUGACGCCGAUGAUCGAGACAGCGUGGGCAACAUCAGUGACGAGGGAAAUGCCAGCUUGGUUGGAUUCGGGGAAGGGGCUAACAGUACGAUCUCUGGACCUGUGAGCCGGCCCACGGGUCUGAACCGAAUGUCAUCGGGCGGUGCUCGACCGACCAGCAUGGGUAGUGCGGGUGGGAAUCUAGGUGCUGCGCGCACCAACCCGCUCGCUAGCUACCUCCAGCAGCAGCAGUAUCAGCAGCCCCUCCAGUCACAGUAUGCAGCUGCACCUGCUGGUGCUUCUAUGGCUACGUCUAGUGUGGCUGGUUCGGCCACACCUGAGCCUGUCCCGGAAGAUGCGCGAAUGGUCAACGGAAUGACCUAUGAUGAAGAUAUUGUCGACACUACAGUGCGGACUCCACGGCUGGCUACACCAAGCCACAGCCCAGCUGGUUAUGAUACUGGACGGGACUAA